AUGAAUAUAUCCAACGACCUGGAGUCGAAUUCUACAGAAGAGAUGGACAGCUGGAUCUCCCAGUACUGUUCAAUCUUUGGCCAUGAUUACUUUGUUGAGGUUGCGCCUGAGUUCAUCGAAGAUGACUUCAAUCUGACGGGACUCAGCUCCAUAGUUCCGUUUUAUAGAGAGGCGCUGGAUGUGAUUUUGGACCUGGAACCAGAAGUGCCGAUCAAAGUUUCGAACGUUCCACUGGUGGAACAUGCUGCCCAAUUGUUGUACGGGCUGAUCCACGCCCGGUACAUCUUAACUAAACAAGGAUAUCAUUUAAUGGCUGAGAAAUACGAACAAAAAGUGUUUGGAACAUGUCCACGCUACUAUUGUGAAGGAAUGCGUCUUAUACCAAUGGGAAGAUACGACCAGAGCGGAAUCGAGACCGUCAGAUUAUACUGUCCAUGUUGCAACGAUAUAUAUCUGCCUUCGUCGUCACGCUAUUUGAACAUUGACGGAGCAUUUUUCGGAACUUCUUUUGCCGGCCUAUUUAUCAAGAUGUUCCCUGAAAUCGAAAGACAGUGUCAACAGCGGCCCAGUAAACAAUAUGAGCUCAAGCUGUUUGGAUUCCGCAUCAACGAACAAGCCCCAUCCGGCCCCCGCAUGAAGUGGCUCAGACAAAUCCCAAAGUCUGAGACCGAGGUUGAAGAGUUCGACCGGUGCGAGUUCGAGCUUCCCCAAGACGAUUACAAAGAAGAAGAUGAGCGCGACGAACAUGACGGAAGUGAGAGCGUCAUGAGCAUAGCUCGAGAUGAAUAG